GUGCUAAUAGUGCAGAUAGCUAGGCCACCCUAGAACCCGUGCCUAGCCUAGAACCAUAUUCUAUUACUUUUUGACAGGCAGGCAACGAAUGGUGGCACGAAAAAGCUUCUUCAUACUUCACUAAUUAUCCGCACAAAUAUUUCACCCAUUCCAGCAAGUCUCUGUAAGGGCUGUGCUUUUCGCGCCAUCGGGCAGCACCUUGAAGCUGUAUUGAAGAUAGGGUAGCAGGCUGGAGCGAGCAGGUGUACGUUGAGCACGCAGCUGAUAGGCACGUUAUAAGUUUAGGGCGCCAGGUUUCUAUGGCUAGUGAGCGGCCUGCCAAGCGCUCGCGGCCAUCAGAGCACGAGACUCAAAGCCCGCGCAGUGGCUUUGUCCCUGCGGGUGGCCACGACAAGCUUCCCACAGUUGCAGCUGGAGUCGUAAGCGCUACCGGCGUCACUGGGCUCGCAGGCACAGCACAGGCUCCACAGCAUGGCUUACAGUCCGCUGGGGGCGGAGCCGCGCAACCCAGCACCGGCACCCUUGUUUUGAAUGGGAUUAGUGCAUCCCGAGGCACCUCACAAGGUCCGGCUCAGCACGCCCCAAGCAAGGGCGCGCCUGCUCCGCAACAGCCGCAGCUGCAGCCGCAGCCGCAGCCGCAGCCGCAGCCGCAGCCGCAGCCGCAGCCGCAGCCGCAACCAGCGCCCGGGAGCCUGCAGUGGCUGCUUCAGCGGCAACAGCAGCUACAUGCGGUGGCCACGGUACUUGCGCCCAUCCCAGACUGGGCGCAGGCGGCACUGGAUGGAUUGGACGCGUUCUGGGUGCCCACGUCGACGCUCGCAGUGCUGGUUACGCAGCCCUCGGGCCCCUGUCCCGGCUCCCACGGGCAGCUGCAGUGUGCCAGCGCGCUGUUCACGGUGUCGCCCGCGGCUCUUGCGGACAUCAGCGAGCGCCGCGCGCAGGCGCGGCUGGUGUGCGUGCAGCCUGUCGACAGCUUGGCGGCAGGGGUGAAGGCGGCAGGACCAGGUACGUCGGCGGACGGGUUCGUCGCGCCGGCGGCAGGCGUGUCUGCGCCGAGGCGCCGGAUCCACAUGUACGGCGGCAGUCACGUCGUACUCAACGGCCGGUCGUACGAGGUGACCAAAGAGGACCGCGUGGACUUGUUCCUGGAGCCCAACCAGGCCGACCAGGCUGUGGACCUGUCGUCGGGGCUACGCGCUGGCGUGAACCACCUGUCCUUGUUCUGGCCAGUUGGCGUUGCAGGGGCGGUGGCGGUGCUGCGGCUCUGCCGCGGCCCGCUGACGGCACAGGAGGUGCUGGCGGGCUCUGGGCCCAGCCGCCUGGCGCCGCCGCUGCCGCUGCCGGAGCUGAUGCAGCACCUGCGGGCUCGCCUUGCACCGCUGGACAUGGAGCCGGACGAGGGAGAGGAGCCGGAGCAGCGCAGGGAGGAUGAGAAGAAGGCAACACAGGAGACGGAGGCGGAGCAGGCUGCAGGGCAGGAACCCGGACACGUCGCUGCUGGGCCUGGUCAAGGGCAGCAGGCCGGGCCACAAGCCCCGAACUCCGCUUCACCAGGCUCGGCCACCGCCGCCACCACCGCCACCAAUGCCGCAACCACCACGGUGGCAGCUGACACAAACGGCCUGGUCUCCAUCUCGCUGCGCUGCCCGCUCAGCGGCGGCGUGGUGGCCUGCCCUGGUCAUCUGGGCGCCACUGCCGCCGCCCGCCCGCUGGCCUUCUUCGACCUGCACGUGUUCCUGGAGCAGGCCCGAGCCACCGGCUCCUGGGCAUGCCCCGCCACCGGGACGCUGGGCAGCAUACACGACCUGCGGCCGCAUGCCUACCUGAAAGAGGUGGUGCGCACGCUGGACGCCAACGGGGUGCCGCGCGGCAAGGUGGAGGCCAUCGACGUGCUGCCCUGCGGCCGCUGGCGGCCCCGAGACAGCCGCGUGCCCUUCUUGGAGGUGCCCCUGCCGCCGCCCGCCACCGCUGCGGCUGCCACGUCUGCUAGAGGUGGGGGCGGCGCCAUUGCAGGUGGGUCCACUCAGCAGCAGCAAGGGCACGAGCAGCUGCCACCGCCACCGAGGUUUGACGUGCAACUGCUUGACCCGGCGGAGGAGGAGAGCAGGGACGUGGUGGACCUGACGGAUGACUGAGCCGUUGCAUGCAGGAUUUCGCGUGUGGUCGUGGUGCAAUGCCGUCUUUCGUUGUCGGUUGGUUCCAGGGAUGAAUCGUGCCUGACCCUCGGAAGCAAUCUGGCAGUGCCGGUGCAACUUGCAACAUAGAGCGUGACUGUAGCUGAUAUAGAAGGCGGAAUUUAUGUCUGGUUGCCGCUGCCACACGAUCCAGUCGUGAAAA